GAUGUCUCGGGCCGUUCGUCUCUCAAUCCCUUGUCCUGUUCGGCUUGGUACUUUAAAAAAUGACUCCCUGGAAGCUCAACUUCAUGAAUAUGUCAAACAGGGGAAUUAUGUGAAAGUAAAGAAAAUUCUCAAGAAAGGAAUUUGUGUUGAUGCAGUUAAUUCCCUGGGGCAGACAGCACUUUUUGUGGCCGCAUUAUUGGGCCUUACAAAAUUAGUUGAUGUUCUGGUGGACUAUGGAUCAGAUCCAAAUCAUCGCUGCUUUGAUGGCAGCACCCCUGUCCAUGCAGCAGCAUUUUCAGGCAGUCAGUGGAUCCUCAGUAAACUACUGGAUGCAGGGGGUGACCUGCGGCUUCAUGACGAGAAGGGUCGAAACCCACACUCCUGGGCCUUGGCAGCAGGGAAGGAUCGCAGCACCCCGAUGGUGGAGUUCAUGCAGCGCUGUACCUUGCACAUGCAGGCCAUCAUGCAGGGCUUUUCUCAUGACCUCCUAAAGAAGAUAGACUCCCCUCAGCGGCUCAUCUGCAGCCCACCCUGCCUUGUGGGCCUCCUGCAAGGAAGUCCUAAUGGCUCUCCUAAACGACCCCUUAAAGCUGGAGUCAUUUCUACCCAAAAUAUCUACAGCUUUGGCUUUGGGAAGUUUUAUCUUACAGGAGGGACACAGCUUGCCUAUCUAGGCUCUCUUCCAAUAAUUGGAGAAAAGGAAGUGAUUCAAGCCGAUGAUGAGCCCACUUUCUCUUUCAUCAGUGGGCCUUACAUGGUCAUGACGAACCUUGUGUGGAAUGGGAGUAGAGUUACAGUGAAGAGCCUGAAUCUCCCCACCCACCCUCACAGCGACAGGCUGAGGCUGGCUGACUUAUUGAUUGCUGAGCAGGAGCAUAGCAGCAAGCUGCGGCAUCCCCACCUGCUACAACUGAUGGCUGUGUGUCUAUCCCAGGAUCUGGAGAAGACCCAACUUGUAUAUGAGCGCAUCACCGUUGGCACACUGUUUAGUGUCCUCCAUGAACGACGGUCCCAGUUCCCUGUGCUGCACAUGGAGGUGAUGGUGCUCUUACUACUACAGAUCGCUGAUGCCCUGAGAUACCUCCAUUCCCGGGGGUUUGUUCACCGCUCCCUUAGCUCUUACGCUGUCCAUAUCGUGUCCGCAGGGGAAGCAAGGCUGACCAACCUGGAGUACAUGUUAGAAAGCCAGAACAGUGGUGGACACAGGAACCUGAGUCAAGUUCCCCUCCCCACUGAGCUGUACAAGUGGGCCGCACCAGAAGUGAUCUUUCAGAAGGCAGCCACGGUGAAGUCAGACAUCUACAGCUUUUCCAUGAUCAUACAAGAGAUUUUAACAGAUGAUGUACCCUGGAAUGACUUAGAUGGCUCAGUUAUUAAAGAAACCCUCCUCUUGGGAAAUUAUUUAGAAGCUGAUGUCAGGCUUCCAAAACCUUACUAUGAUGUUGUUAAGUCAGGCAUCCAAGUCAAGCAGAAAGACAGAACUAUGAAUCUUCAAGAUAUCCAGUAUAUUCUGAAGAAUGACUUAAAGGAGAACACUGGAGGACAGAGAACUCAGCCAAUGGAGAGCCCCAGGGUGCAGAGGCGUGAACCCUAUCCUGAUGUCAGUGUCUAUCUAGGACUGACUUCAGAACGUCCAAAGGGCAGUGCAGACUUGGAAAUCAAAGAGCUAAAGGAAUCAGGCAGUCAGCUCCAUUCACCAAAGGGUCACUCUUCUCCCACUGCAAAAGCAGCAUUAGCUCCUCAGACCCCAGAUCCAAGUCUGAUGGCCCAGGUACCUCAGAAUCCAGAUGCUCCUCCUCCCACUGCUACUUCAGUGGUGGCACAAACCAGUAGCCCCAAUGCAAGUCAGGGCAGCCUCCACAGCUUCGAGAUCAAUGAAAUCUACUCAGGCUGCUUGAACAUAGGAGAUGACACAGAGGAAGAAUGCCCAGGUGCUACUUCAGCUCUUGAGGGUGAUAAACCAGACCAGGCAGAUGAGCUGCAGUCCCUAGAAGAAGAGUUGGAUAAGAUAGGGGAAGAGGCACACCUUUGUGAUGAGGAUGAGAGCUCUUCAGAAGUUGACACGGAGCUCUUCUUUGGAGACUGGGACUGGCAAAAUAGUUCACUUAGUUUACUCAGCCUGCCUGAGGCAACCGGAGAAGCCAAGGGCAAGGUGAGCAGCUGGUCCAAGACUGAGGAGUACAUCAGUAAAUGCGUGCUGAAUCUAAAGAUUUCACAGACCAUGGCUCAUGAGAUCACAGAUUUGGUGGGGAAUAUUGAGCAGAAAUUAGAUGAGGUUGAAUUGAUACAAAAGGAGCACAUAUCUUCGUGGACUGCUUCAAGAUUAUUUCCAGAUGUCUGUGACUUACCUAUCCCAGUGGGCCCUCCAACUUUGAAUUACAUUCAUCCUGUCACACAAGUGUCAGGAGGCUCCCAGCUGGACACCAAUGGCAAUUGCCCAACCUUACUAAGCUCCCCAAGAACAGUGAAAGAAUUUCAAGGGGGACAUUUUGGCAAAAAACCCAAAAGAACAAGUAGUUAUGGCUGGAAACCUUUCACCCAAGUCUCUGAAGAAAGCACUAAGGACCAGUCAGAGAGACAUCAGCAGCUGUCAACUAUUUGUGAUCCUGGAAAACAGGACAGAAGUGAACCAUUUCAGGCCACUCAAGGAGCCAAGGACAGUUUGGAAAGGAAGAAGAACCAAGAUAGUAGCCAGAGAAAGUCUAAGGAAUCUAGUACCCAAGGCAAAGUUGUGGAACUAAAGAGUAUCCUCUUUCCCAUGUCAAGCCGUGUGCAGGGACCUUCUGGAUCAUCCUGCCCUUCCCAGGGCUCUACCAGGAUGAAUGUGGAAUCUAUGACUUCUGUAAUCUCUAAUGUGAAACCAGGAAACAAAGAUGAUGGAAAGAUACACUUAAAAUGGAAAACGGAGGUAAAAGAAACGGCUGAGAAGGCAGCUAGUGGGGAGCUCCCGGUCUUUCCUUGGCAUCCUCAGAGCAGUUUGACUUUGAAGAGUGAGGCUGUACCUGGGUCCAGUCCCUUGCUGCAGCCCCCUGCUAGGGGCCCGGAAAACAUGGAUUGGCAGCGAGUUGUAGAGUUUCACAGGGAGAAGGAAGAGCCAGGAGGAAAUGAUGUCAAAUCAGGGAAAGUGGACAACUGUGACCAUGACAGCGAGAAGCGAGGCAGGCAGCCUGGGACACAAAGCUUCACCAGUAUCAGGCAUCUUUCAUCCAGGAAAAAUGAGCAGCCAGAACCUAGUGAAGCCUUUCAAGCAAGUUCUGACAUAGCUGUGACCAUUGAGAAAUCUUAUAAUGAUCAUGCUACAUGUUCACCGGAAUCUUCUGAAGACAUAACAGAUGAAUUUUUAACUCCAGACCAUGAGUAUUUUUACUCCUCAGCUGCUCAAGAAAACUUACCUAUAGAGACCUCAAGUCCUAUAGAAGAGAACUUUGAAGAAAUACAAGGUGCAUUUGCACAACCUCAAGGCUAUGGUGAGGAAAAGUUCCAAAUGAAAACAGUCUUCAGAAAGAACGCUGAGAUUUUUACCAGGUUCCAAGCUAUGCAAAGUACUGAAUGUGAACAAGAAGAGACAUUAAAGGAGCCACCAAAGGAACUGAAAGAAAAAGACAUAUCAUUGACAGACAUUCAAGAUCUGUCUAGUAUCUCCUAUGAACCUGAUGGCUCUUUUAAGGAAACCUUAUGCAAAACACCCAAAGUAAGCCACGCACCUACUAGUGUGAGCACUCCGCUCAGCCCAGAAUUAAUGGAAGCCGUCUCACAGCAUCAAAUUGAGGAGCUACCACCACCAUCUCAGGAACUGCUUGAAGAAAUCGAGCAACUGAAGCAGCAGCAGGCCGCAUCCUUGGUGUUGCAGGAGAACACAGCGCGUCAUCCCGGCAUCACUGCAGAUGAUCCAAAGCAUUUGGAACAACAAGAAACUGACAGCAAUAAAGAAGAUAGCGGUUUGCUUUGGACCAGAGAAUCACAGGAUGUCGGAGAUGACACAGAAAGAGCUCACUCUACUCUGGAUGAAGACUUGGAAAGAUGGCUCCAGCCAUGUGAAGAAAAGAACAUAGAGCUACAUGACUCCUGCAAAGACUUUAAAAGGGACACAAAAACCAAGGAUCAAGAUUUUGGUGAAAAGAAGACCAAAAGUAAAGAAAGCAUCAAGUCAGAGAGAAGGAAAUCGGAGAGCUUUUUAGGGACUUGUGAAGAAGAUGAACUAAAACCCUGUUUUUGGAAGCGACUGGGUUGGUCUGAACCAUCAAGGAUAAUCGUGCUGGAUCAGAGCGACUUGUCAGACUGACUGGAACUGGAUCAUAGAUGGACUCUAGCCUGAUUUUGAGCAACCUGGUUGUGAGCUCCUGUCUUCUCUCGUCCGCUUUAGUUGCUAUCAGGGGAGCAGGUUAAGUUCUGUAGCUCACAGUUUGUUCAGCUGCUGUAGCAGUCAUGGUGGUUUGACUGUCUGUAGGCAGCACAUUUAACCAUUUGUUUCCAAUCAGAUUCCUGAGAAGCGCAAGGUAGUUAUAAAUUCAAAAAUUGUUCAUUGUACCCAGAAUGGUUUUUGGUUUUGUUGAUACAUAUUUUUGAAAAAUUUACUUUUGUUAUAUAAUAAAGUGUUUCUUGUACUACCA